AUGGAUUUUGCAAACAAAGGUAAUUUAAGAGAAAAUUUAGCAAGAAUAAUCAAAUUUACUUGGAAACAAAAAUUAUAUAUGUUGUAUGAAAUUAUUACUGGACUUAAGGAUAUACAUGAACAAAAUCUUAUUCAUUGUGAUUUUCAUGAUGGAAAUAUUUUAAAUCAUGAAGAUAAAAGUGAGGACAAACUUUAUGUUUGUGAUUUAGGAUUGUGUCGACCUGUAAAAUCAUUUUUGAAAAAGGAUGAUAUUUUUGGAGUUAUAUCAUUUAUGCCACCUGAAGUUUUUAGAGGCAAAUCUUAUACUCCAGCUAGUGAUGUAUACAGUUUUUCUAUGAUUAUGUGGGAAUUUACAUCUGGAGUACCACCAUUUAAUGACAGAGCACAUGAUCUUCAACUUAGUUUAAGUAUUUGUGAAGGUGAACGUCCAGAAAUUAUUGAAAAUACUCCACAAUGUUAUGUAGAAUUGAUGAAAAAAUGCUGGGAUGGAGAUCCAUUGAAAAGACCAUCUUCUAAAGAAGUGUUAAAUAUUAUUGGAGAAUGGAUUUUUAUUCCUAAUGAUAAUGAAUCUGUUAAGAAUUUUGAAGAUGAUAUUAAUGAAGAAUUAAAAUGCAAUAUUAUGGAAUUUAUAAAUGCACCAAUUGGGCGUAACAAUCUUACUAUUGAAUCUCACCCACAAGCACGUUGUACAAGUCGAUUACUUGAUUUUAAUAGUAAAAAAUUGAAUGAAAUUCUUGAAAGUAAUGAUUUACAAGCUUAUCAUUCAAAUUAUCCUGCUGCUAGUGUGACUGAAGAUUUGGAUGAUUGUAUAAUUUGA